CACACACACACCCCUCUCUCUCUCUCGCUCUGUGACCCAGCUCUACCCGACCAGCGGUGGAGGAUUAAAGUUAGCAACAUCUCGUUGUUGUUUCGUGAAACUUUCUAAAACUAUUAACCUCUCUCUUAAACUCCAUCACAUUUCAGCUAUGGCUUCGAUACUGAGCGGUAAAAAUAUCUCAGAUGAGAUCAAGAAAGAUCUUCGAGAAAGCAUUAAACAGUUAAAGAAAGAAUCCGAAAGUUUCCAACCAUCUUUGGCUCUCAUUAAGGUCGGAGGUCGAGGAGAAGACUGUCACAUCAAGCAUAAAUUGAAGACAGCAGCUGAUGUGGGUAUCUCCGCUGCGUUUGUUGAGUUGCCAAAGACAUCCACCCAGGAAGACAUUCUACAAAAAAUUGAACAAUUAAAUGAUGACACAGGUGUUCAUGGAAUUGUAUUACAGCUUCCCAUAGACUCAUCAAAUGAUGUUAACGAGCAAGAUAUUAUCAACUUUAUCAACCCAGAGAAAGAUGUGGAUGGAAUGACAGUAACCAACAUCGGUCACCUGUGCAUAGGCAACUUACAGGUAAUGAUCUCAUCAACUGCUGCAGCUAUUCUUGAACUGAUACAAAGGACAGGUGUGUCCAUCCAGGGUAAAACUGCUGUUGUACUGGGUCAUAAUAAACUGACCACCACACCAAUAGCCAGUAUACUUGCCUGUAACAAUGCUAUGGUCACUGUGUGUCACCCUGACAUGCAGAAUCUCCAACAACUGACAAAAACCGCCGAUAUUUUUGUGGUUAAUGUUGGAAAGUCCCAAAUGGUGCCAGGGGAUUGGAUAAAGCCUGGUGCCAUUGUCAUAGAUUGUGGUACCAAUUCUGUUCUCGAUAGUAACAAGAAAGAUCAUCUUGUUGGCGACGUCUGUUUCGAAGAAGCUCAGACAGUUGCAUCAUGGAUUACACCAGUUCCUGGGGGUGUCGGCCCUACUGCUGUUGCCAUGCUUCUUAAGAAUACUGUCAAUGCUGCUAAGAAGCUGUCUUUAUCCCAGAAUAAUACUGUGUGGAACCUCAGAAUUCUUCCUCUAAACUUACAAGAAAAUGUCCCAAGUGACCUUGAAAUUGCAAAGAGCCAGCGUCCAAAGAAUAUUGCCUCGUUGGCCCGUGAGAUCAACCUGUUCUCAGACGAAGUGGAUCUUUUUGGAAAGCAAAAAGCUAAAGUGAGUUUGAAGAUUCUGAAUCGUCUGGCAAAUACCAACAAUGGGAAAUAUAUCGUGGUUGCUGGAAUAACCCCAACACCUCUUGGAGAAGGUAAAAGUACCACAACAAUUGGAUUGGCCCAGGCAUUCGGAGCUUGUUUGAAGAAGAAUAUUGUUGCAUGCGUCAGGCAACCCUCACAAGGCCCAACUUUUGGUAUAAAAGGUGGUGCUGCUGGAGGUGGCUAUUCUCAGGUAAUUCCAAUGGAAGAAUUCAACCUUCACCUUACCGGUGACAUCCAUGCAAUUACUGCCGCCAACAACCUGCUUGCUGCACAACUCGAUGCACGGAUGUUCCACGAGAGCACACAGACAGACAAAGCCCUUUACGACCGUCUCGUUCCAACCAAGAAAGGCAAACGGGCAUUUUCCAAAAUUCAGCUCGACAGAUUAAAGAAACUUGGUAUUUCCAAGACAAACCCAACCACACUGACCCCUGCUGAAAUGACCAAAUUUGUCCGCCUGGAUAUCGACCCGGCUACCAUCACCUGGCAGAGAGUGAUUGACACCAACGACAGAUUCUUAAGGAAGAUCACAAUUGGAGAGUCUCCCACUGAGAAGGGUCACACUCGUUCGACCCAGUUUGACAUCACAGUGGCCAGCGAAAUAAUGGCUGUCCUGGCUCUGGCCGACAACCUUUCCGAUAUGAGGAGGAAGCUUGGUAACAUGGUGGUGGCCAGCAGCAAAACAGGGGUUCCGAUCACAGCCGAUGACUUGGGAGUGUCUGGGGCCUUGGCUGUGCUGAUGAAGGACACCAUCAAACCAAACCUGAUGCAAACUCUAGAAGGGACGCCUGUUUUCGUCCAUGCAGGUCCAUUCGCAAACAUUGCCCAUGGCAACUCAUCCAUAAUUGCUGACAAAAUUGCCCUGAAACUUGUCGGAGAGAAAGGUUUUGUAGUGACUGAAGCUGGCUUUGGUGCCGAUAUUGGAAUGGAGAAAUUCUUCAACAUCAAGUGUCGUUAUUCUGGUCUGAAACCAAGUGCUGUGGUUCUUGUUGCAACAGUAAGAGCUCUGAAAAUGCAUGGUGGAGGGCCUACAGUAACUGCUGGAGUACCGUUACCCAAAGCUUACACUCAAGAGAAUCUUGACUUGGUAGAGAAAGGUUGCACUAAUUUGAAGAAACAAAUUGAGAAUGCCACUUUCUUUGGAGUUCCAGUAGUGGUGGCCAUAAAUGCCUUUGCAAGUGACACAGAAUCUGAACUGAAGUUGAUCCAGAAGAUUGCAGUGGACAGUGGAGCGUUUGAUGCUGUUAUUUGCCAUCACUGGGCCAAAGGUGGGAAAGGAGCCAAAGCACUGGCCACAUCAGUGAUGAGGGCCACUGAUGACCCCUGUCAAUUUAAGUUCCUCUACGACUUGAAAUUGCCAAUUGAAGACAAAAUCCGGAUAAUUGCCCAAAAGAUUUAUGGUGCUGAUGAUAUUGAGAUUUCAGCCGAGGCCCAGGAAUGCAUCAACCGUUACAAAGCACAGGGUUUCAAUGAUUUACCAAUAUGUAUGGCCAAGACCCAUCUAUCCCUCUCCCACGAUGCCACCCUAAAGGGUGCACCUGUAGGUUUUGUGUUACCCAUCAGAGAUGUAAGGGCCAGUGUUGGUGCUGGCUUCAUCUACCCGCUUAUUGGAACGAUGAGUACAAUGCCAGGACUUUCCACUCGGCCGUGUUUCUAUGACAUUGACAUUGAUUCGGAAACUGAAGAAAUAGUUGGAUUAUCCUAAACCAUUCUGAAGACUAAACAUUCUGCAGAAUUUGAUUUUUUUUUUUUUUUUUUUUUUUUUUUGGUAAAGUCAACUGUAAUGAAAUAUAUAAAACUGUAUUUUUUGGUUAAUAUAACCCUCUCCAUUUACAAGUGCAAAUUUUUUCUGACUUAUGGAUUUUUAGCACGCUAUAUAUAUGUGUGUAUAUAUAGAGAUAGAGAGAUAGAUAACAGCCUGAAAAUUAAAUAAAUUAAGAAAUUAUUAUAUUUGAAA